CCGCACGAAAAAAGGCAAUCACAGAGUCACUCGCUCUCUAGAUUCCGGUAGCUUUGCGGUGGUCGGAGAGCAAUGAUCCUGUCCUCAGUUGCUCCUCAAUUUCAUCAUCAUCGGCAUCAUGAUGUUCGUGGACAGGUUGUUUAUAGAUCAGCCACCACAAUCACAGCCGUCCACUGCUGCAACCCUAACAGCGCCGCGGCUCUCCGUCAAGUGAAUAGUAGUAAUAAUAAUAACAGUAACACACGAGAAGAUGAUGUAGUAACGAUAUCCUCCGCAUCCGCCGUUGCUGCCGCUAUUCGUAAGGCGUCAACAUCUCCGGUGGAAUUCGUGCAGAGGAUUGAGCAAGACGGGAAGAACAAAGGACUCGUGCUUCCGAGCUCCGAUUUUCAGACGCUUUGUGUCGAACAGUUGGAUCUCUUUCGUCGUAUCGUGGAUCCUGACGCACUUUUAUCGGUCUAUGUGAGACCAGCUGGCAGUUAUGUUAUGGACAGACUAGAGCUGCGUAGAGUUACUAUCUAUCCCGGAAGGAAUGUGGCUGAUAUUGUAAUAGUAAUCGGCAAUUUUAGUAUCGCAACAGGGUUAAGGGCUGCAGAAGCUUCUCUUUUGAAACAGGAGGCAGAAUUUAUUCCCGAAUCCAGAGCUUUGGUUUUCCCUAUGGUGAAGCAUCCGUUUGUCGUGGGAUUUUUGGUUGCUGAAAUUCCAAAAUUGGAAAUAGCGAAGGAAGAGAAUGAUGUAAAACAAGGCUCGUCAUCCGAGGAAUCUUAUGCAGUGUAUCCAUAUGCAAUCCCGAAAUCAUGGGAGAUCCAAAGUUUUGUAGAUAAAACAUUGGAAAUGCACAACUUUUCUGCUGAACAGAGAUUAAAUGCUAUAAACAUAUCCCGGUCUGUCGCUAUAGCAUAUGUUAUGGACCAGAAAGCAAUGCUACUUCAGCAAUCGUCAUGGCAAAACAAUAUUAGGAUGAGUAAUUUGGUUGAGCAAAUUCGUGGUCCACUUGCUAGCAUUCGUACUUUAAGCAAAAUGUUAUCAGUAAAUAUGAAGAAAACUGAGACUUCAUAUGAUAUUGUUGAAGACAUAAUGGUACUCGGCGAUCGUAUGAAAGAGACCCUUCAACAACUCCAAGAUGCUGUUCAUAUGACAAAGGCUAAUAUCGUUCGUUACAAUGAAGAGAACCUAAUGAAAAUAGACGAAUCAACUCAUGAGUCGGUGAGGUCUCAGUUAUCCAAUGUGUUCACAAAGGACACUUCUAUCGCAAAGGCUCGUGAGUAUGGUGGACCAUUCUCUCUCUCUUCUAAAUCAAAUGAUCUAGAAAUGCCCAUGCCACCUCUGGUUCUUGCACCUUCGUCAAAUCAGAACAUCAGGCCAUGCAAUGCUUCAGACAUAGUCUCUGAUCUGGUGGGUGCACUCGAACCCCUGGCUCAUAAGCAGCAACGAGUCAUACAAAUAUGUGAACUUCCUCGAUCGUUGGAGGUUGCUGUUGAAGAACCCGCUCUACGUCAGGCUUUAAGCAAUUUAAUUGAAGGUGCUUUAUUGCGUACUAAUGUUGGAGGAAUGAUCGAGAUUAUGUGCACUGCAUCACAGGCAGGUGAUGCUCUUAUCUUAAUCGACGAUGAUGGGCCUGAUAUGCACUACAUGACGCAGAUGCAUUCGUUGACACCAUUUGGAACUGACCUUUUAUCGAAAGGUAUGGUGGAAGACAACAUGACAUGGAACUUUAUCGCGGGGUUAACGGUUGCCCGAGAGAUAUUGGAAACUUACGGUUGUGUACUCAGAGUGAUCUCCCCUCGGUUCAUCGAGGCGGCACUCGGAGCCGGAGGGACUCGUAUAGAAAUAUGGCUUCCCUCCUCCUCCUCUUCCCCCAAGGAUGGCCCUGCUCAGGUGCCGUAGAGAUUGGCGCUCAAUAUGUCAACACGUAAACCGGUAACAAAUUAACGUCUUUUAAGCCCAAACAUUAUAUGCAUGCAUAUACAUACAUAUUGCAAUAUGUAUAGAUGGUUUGUUUGUUUUGUCCCAAUUACCAGAAAUAGAAGUGUAAAUAGGAAGGUAGGUGAGGUGUAUUAAUUAUAUGUGAAGAAUCAUGGGCAUGGGGUUAUGGAAUCAGUCCAUAGUCUUAUAUUAUAUCCAACUCCUCUUUAGUUGUUAUGUUCCAUUUAUAACAUACAUUUUGAUGAAUUUUGCAUG